CCGUUUCAUCCUGCAGAUGGAGGAGAGGGACAAUGCUAUCCGGGUGUGCUUCCAGAUUGAGCUGGCCCACUGGUUCUACCUGGACUUCUGCAUGCAGAACACUCCAGGAGCUCCUCACUGUGGGAUAAGAGACUUUGCCAAAGCAGUCUUCCAUCACUGUCCGUUUCUGUUGCCACAUGGGGAGGAUGUGCAGAAAGUCCUGGAGCAGUGGAAGGAGUACAAGAUGGGUGUACCUACUUAUGGAGCAAUCAUUCUGGAUGAAACACUCGAAAACGCACUGCUUGUUCAGGGCUACCUGGCCAAGUCCGGCUGGGGCUUUCCAAAGGGGAAAGUUAAUGAGGAUGAAGCUCCUCAUGACUGUGCAGUCCGUGAAGUGUUGGAGGAGACGGGCUUUGAUAUCAAGAAUAUCAUUUGCAAAGACAUGUACAUAGAGCAGAAAAUCACUGACCAGCUGGUGCGGCUCUACAUCAUCCCAGGAGUGUCAAAAGACACCAAGUUCAACCCCAAAACAAGGAAAGAGAUCAGG